AUAAUAACGCAUCGCUAAUAUUUCAUAGUAAUGUUACGGUCCUGUUGCAUCAAUCGAUGUUGCCGAGUAUUUCAGUGAUGUUAAGAGGCAAUAGUGAAUACAAUGGCAUGCAUACGAAAAUUUUAGCCUCGCGUGGGGAAUGGAGCGAAAACGAAGAGCCAAUGAGAUUCGUAGCAAAUUUUGAGGCUACAAGAUGUUUGGCGUACUUGUAAUAAAACACGAGCGGCGAUAUUUCGCGUAGGUUUUAACUUGUGGGAUUUCUACAAACCGUUAGAUCCUAAUAAUAAUUGUUUAAUUUCAGAAUCAAAAUUUAUUUCUGUAUUGGCUGGACCGCUGAAGGAUCAAAUUGGUUUAUCUGAUAAAGAGAUUUGCGAUUUGGCCGAUUAUUUUCGCGUUCAAGAUGGCCGAAUAUUUUACGCACAAUUUUGCCAAAUAAUUCACGAUAGUGUUCCUGAAUUUGAUAAGAAUGGACCACUUGUAACUGGUUUGGAGUGGGAAGAUCCAGAGCAUGUAAAUCGAAUAAGUGCAACGGAACAUCGAAAAUUAUGCCUUAUACUUACUCAGAUUGCAGUCCUUGUAAACAAGAGAAAAUUGGUGUUGAGACCUUAUUUUCAAGAUUACGAAUUGAUUGCAAAAAAUGCUGGAACUAUAACUUUCACGCAUUUCGGACGAAUCUUACAAUUUUUAGGUAUCGUUCUUGCUUCUGAAGAAUUUUGUUUACUUGUAAAGAGGUUCGCAAAGGAUGCUUAUACAAUUAACUAUGUGGCCUUCUUGAAAGCAAUUGACGAAAUUCAAUCUUACUUUGAUAAACAUCAAAUGCUGGCCCUUGGUGGAGAAUUACUUGAUCAAUUUCCUGGUCGAAUUAUCACGGCUGAAUUACCGAAACUGCCAAGACCGGAAAUUGGUAAAGUCAUGCCGAGUAAAGUGUUUGGGAAACAAGCAGUGUUUCAUCCGGUGAUGGAAGAACAAAGAAGUAAAAUGCCAUUAAUAGAAAUUAUUCAGCGUAUUCAAAGACAUAUCUUUGAAAAUCGGAUAUGUAUUGCGGAAUUCUUUAAGAACUUCGAUCCUUUGAACGCGGGCAAAACGACGAUUUCCAAUUUUAAAAGAGGAUUAGAUGGCCUUCAGAUUUCGAGUUUAGGACACCUUUAUCUUGCAGAAACGGAAAUUGAUGCGCUUGUUACGCUUUAUAAAGAUCCAAAUGACCCGGACCUGUUUACUGUGAAAGAACUUGAAAAGUUGCCCACUUUGAAAGUUGAAGCGCCGCCAAAAAAGAUAGCGGAACUAAGUCGUAAAGGAGCGUCUCAUUGGCAGUGUGAAGGAAAAGACAUAAGGGAUCUUUGUGAAAAAACAUUGUUGAAAAUUCGACAUCGAGUCGAGGAAAGGAGAAUUUUGAUAAAACAAUUUUUCAAGGAUUACGAUCGACAUAACAAAGGUCACGUAUCACGUUCGCAAUUACGCCAAGUUUUAAGCACCGCGGCGAUAUUACUUUCUGAAGAAGAAGAGUUCGCAUUAGAACGGAGGUAUAAUAAUGAUUUAGGCUUUAAUUAUAAUUGGUUCUUAAAGGAAUUGGAAGCUCAACGAAUCGAAGAGCCGUUGUAUCAUUCCAUAGUAAAAGAAAAAAGAAAAAUCAACGCUGAAAAACCACCACCGGAAGUCACAGCUGAAGAAACAAAUAUCGUUUUAAUUCUAGCUAAAAUCAAAGCAAAAGUUGUACGCGAAAGAAUAAAGGUUAUCGAAUUCAUGCGUCAAUAUGACGUUCAUAAUGAACACGUUAUAAAAAGGACAGAGUUUCUACGAGGGCUGGAUCAAUUACGUUGCAAUUUGACUUGCACAGAAAUGGGAACUAUUAUGAAUAUUUUCCAAUCACCUUUAAGACCAGAUUGUGUAGACUACGUGAAAUUUGCGGAAGUGGUCGAAGAAGCUGUUACUUUAGGAAGAUUAGAAAGAGCUCCACGUUUAGUACCUGUGCAGCAUGUGCCCUUGGAAGCCAGUCCUAAAACAUUCUUGAAUUUCGAGGAAAGGCAUAUGGUUACGAUGGCAAUAGACAAAUUGAGCAGAAUACAACAACCAAAUCUCGAGGAGUUGUUUAAGAAUUACGAUAAAGAGAAUAUUGGCACAGUUUCGAAAGAGUGUUUGAUCAAAGUUUUAUCUAUCAGAUGUAUGUUAGAAUUAAUCACCAACAGAGAACUGGACGCUGUGCACAAAUGUUUCUCUCUAGAAAGAGAUACUCGACUGGAAAUUGAUUAUCGAGCAUUUUUGCGCGCUUUAUAUUUAAUGCAAGAAAAUAGAAAGCAUUUGCCGUUUUAGUUCUCAUAUAACAUUAUAAUAAAAAAAUAGAGAUUGUUUACGUGCAAUUUUAGUAUCGAAAUUUAAUAAUAAUGCUAAAUGUGAAAUUUAAUAUUUAGUCGAUGUAAUUCGGAAAAUCUUGGAAUACCGUUGCAUAGUAAUCUACAACGGUCAAAUGGUCAAGGGAUUUAGAUAUUAUUUUUCUUCUGAACUGCUGUUAAGGGUAUAGAGGAAUAAGGGAACAUUACCUACUUAAGUAGGUAUGAGCCCCUUGAUAUUUUGCCUUAGCAACAGACACUAUUCAUUUCUUGUACGAGUUAUGAAACCUGUUAGUUUAGUUUUUUUUUUCAUAAAUGUACGUUAAUCUGUACAUAUAUCUGUACAUGUAAUGUUUAAGGUGGUUACAUGUAAUUUUUUUUCAUUUUAAUAUAUAGAAAAUUGCAUUAUUAUAGCGAGAAACAUAAAUUUUCAUUAUAAUUUUUGAAAACUAUAGGAAACAUAAGUUGAUUUAUUAUUCAAGAGACCAUCUGAUCCCUUUAUCAUUUUUAUAUCACCUACGACAUCAUUGAUUCAAUAUAGACUAAAAAUAGAAUAGAUAUGACAUUAUGAAACAUCGUGUUUCAUAUUUUGAACUAUCAAACUCGAAAAACUGAAAGUAUUUCUUGCGCCAUCUGGUUUGGUCCGGCGGGUAUUUAAUCAUUUAGUCAAUGGAUAUAUUCUGAAGUAUCGAUAUGAUGAAUCACAGGUGGCGCCACAUGUUAUUCACGCACGUUCUAUACCAUCAGCUAUAGUUUCAAUUUCAGUUACGAGAUGGCCAUAGUAUUUAAUAAAAUACGGUUUCAUGUGAUUCAGGAUAGUGUAUUUAAAAUGUUGCGUCUUUAUGAAUGUACACUUUGAAAUGGGAUUUAUGUAUUAUGAUUCGACGUACUUAGGUAUUUAUUUGUAGCAUACAUAAAUUUUUAUAUAUCGUUAAAUAAUAUGAGAGAACUAAAUUCAAUCUUUCUAAUGGAAUAGCAAAGAAGCCACAAAGAAGUUAUAAACUCAACUUUUAAAUAGACUUAAAAAUCAUAAUUAAAUUCGUUAAGAACCAUAACUAUAAAGAUACUAUGGUGUAGCAUCAAAAUACCUGACAACAAAUAGAAUGAAUGUUGAAGUGAUUAUAGUUGGCGUCGGUUUUACAUUAGCACGCAUCGAACGCAGUAAAGUGACAAUAUAAACAAGUAGAAAGUUUAGUUUUACUUAACAUGUAUGUACAUGUGUAUUAAGGAAGGUUAGAAUGUCACAGACGAAUUUAAAAUGUCAUCGACCACUUUCGAUCUUUCCUAACAAGUGUAAAAAUUUUUUACUUCAACAAAGCGACACCGUGAUCGCGUGACCGAUGAUGGCGAAAUAGAAAUUCGUAAUCUUCACACGUGAUCCUUCGAAAGAUAUUCGAUCAGCGCUCGACACGAUUUUUCUAAGGUGAUGAUAUUUCUGCGGGCCAAAGGCUGCCUACGUUUGCUACGUUCAACAAGGGAAGAAUAAGAUGUUCUCCAAGUAGGAAGCAGUUGUCGAUGGACAAAGUAGGUCACGAGCUGUGACCUCCGCGUCUUUUACACAACCUCGAGGACUUCGCUUCUCCACUUAAUUACCUUCACGUCCUCCAUGUAUGCGACGCGGAAUUUUAGCACAUCAAACGUAGCUACCGUGACGAGGAAAAAUAUUUCAGAUAAUCAGAGAGAAGGAUCAGGAUUUCUUUGCGAAGAGGAAAUUGUAUGGAUGCGAUUAGG